AUGGUCCAAAAGCCAAGCAAGUUUGCCAUCUUCUGCGACCUCACCUCAAUUCGUGGUUUUCAGCGCAUAAAACGUGCUCAAACACCAUUUAUCCGGAUGAUAUGGACUCUCUUCGUAAUCCUAAUGACCGGCGCUCUGAUAGUCACUAUAGGCUUUCUUGCUCGAGAUUUCUUCUCUUUCACCACUUCAUGGCACUCACGAACACUAAUCGAUGAUAAGACCGACUUCCCUGCCAUCACAAUAUGUGCUCACAACCCGUUUUCUCUAGAAGCCAAUCGGAUUUGGGCUGAGGCAUCAAUUCUAACGCCCACGGAAUUCAAUCGCCAGCUAAGUGCUAUGACCUUGGCUUUCAUAGAAAAUGGCAACCCUGAAUACGCAGGUCUCCUUUUGCAAGAUUCCACGGACACGUACUUUGCGAAUCUGCGACCUGAGGAGUCACAGCGUUUGGGUCACCAGACCACAAUGUUUCCACAUUGCAUGGUGACUGCUGAUGGUGUCAAUAUCGUUGCUGAGAAUUGCAUGAUCGAAGGAGAUACAGGAUUCACCAAAAAGCGCUUCUCCCACCCGAAAUACUUUAACUGCUGGACCAUUGAAACAGCCGCGAACCAGUCUACGAAGGACACAGUGCGAUUGACGGUCCUCCUUAGUCUCAUUCCCUCUAAGGAGAUAAAUGAGAGCAGGAAAAACUUUAUCAUGGAUACAUUUUCUCGUGGAGAAGGGGUAAAGCUCGUGGUGCAUCAGAGUGGUACCUACCCGGAAAUCGAUAAGCAUGGGAUUAACGUCCAGCCCGGUCGCAUGAAUGAGCUCUCCUUCAACACAGAGUGGUGGGUCCGUUUAAAAACACCCACUGCUCCCUGUCUAGACGAUCCUCCUCCCAUUACAGAUAUGGGAAGGCAGUAUUCCUACCGUAUGACACAAUGCCUCGACAGCUACUUGCAGAAUAUUUCCAUUAAUCAAUGUGGCUGCCUUAAUUCCGAAUGGCCAAGACCCAUUCAUCCGGACCUUGUAAACAGCAAAAUCCCCUACUGCUCAGCUCUUCCUAAGAAUGUCAGUGAUUCAGCCACACUUGAAGGCAUAAUCAGACGACUAAACUGUACAAGCAACCUCCUGCACAAUUUGAAAAAGAUAAAAGAAUCGGCCAUUUUGAAUCACAUUUGCACUCCUCGAUGCUCCUUCUUCACGUAUCCAAUAAGUGCUAGCAUCACCUCCUGGCAGCCUAUUCCAGAGAAACUUCAACAUUUCACGGAUAAAUUUAAAAGAGUUGAAAGGCUUCUAAACAACUACGAUGACCCGCUGGAACGGGAGAGACUUAUUCAAUACCUCAAAGAAGUAAUCGACCCCCAAGAAAAACUCUCUACUCAAAUUAUUUCAAAGUCCAGUCUCCGAAUCGAGGAUUUCCAGAAUCAAGGCUCCUAUACGUACAUAAGCCUUGUGCGCACAACCUAUGACACGACAUAUAAAGAGGAGCGUCUAAUUUUUGACAUUUAUAUUCUAAUCUCGCGGGUUGGCGGGCUGUGCUCGAUUUUCAUUGGCCUCACAGCUGCGAUCAUCGUGGAGUUGAUUGAAUUCGUCUACGUUGGAUUCUGGCUAGCCAGAUCAGAUUCAUUGGCGGUAUCAACCAAGACGGACACCCCUGAAUUGCCAGUAGGAGGUGAGUUACUUCAACCGAAAAGGAACUAUAAUGAAGCUAUGAUCCCCCCUGACAAAAAUUUUGAUGAGAACAAAAAUCAAAGAAUUUCUGUACUGUAA